GGUUCUCUAAUCACUAUGACUCAAGACUGUGAAUGAAUAAGCAGCGGCGACUGCUGUUUAAAACCGUGACCUAUAGGCUGUGUGUCUUCACUCCAUCACAGUCGGCUGAAGCGUAAAGAGCAGCUGUAGGUGUUUCUGCCUCUUGAGUCCUCUGGCAAUGUGAAAGGAGCACCAGCAUUUUGCAGUCAAGUUGCAGUCUUUUUGAAAAAGCUUUUAAGAGGAAGACCUGGUCAACAUGGAUGAAGACUUCAGACGCACCAUAGAGCCAGAGUGUUUACUGGAGCCUCCACUGGCUCUGGACAUGAUCAACCGUAAGACUAGAUGUUUUUGAGUUUGGACUCUAUUUCGUGCUCACCUUUAUGUCCUGUGUUUCCCUGCUUUUGUUCCUGGAGCAGUGUUUGUUUAUUUACAAACACCUGCCUUAUCCCAAGAAGACGAUCGUCAUCUGGAUUAGUGGUGUGUCACCAAUCAUCGCCACCAUGGCCUGCUUCGGGUUGUGGAUUCCUCGUGCGGUGAUGAUCACAGACAUGACGUCAGCAUGUUAUUUUUCAGUUGUGGUGUACAAGAUUUUGGGUUUGCUGAUUGAGGAGUUUGGAGGCUCCACUCCUUUUCUAAAAAUAUUUGCUGGUAAAAACUUCAAGAUCAGUGUAGGACCCUGCUGCUGCUGCUGCCCCUGUUUACCUCUCGUACCGAUGUCACGAAAGAUGUUAUUCCUGCUGAAGUUGGGAUCUCUACAGUAUGCAAUCCUAAAACCAGUUUUCUCUAUCAUUUCUGUAAUUCUCUGGAGAAAUGCCAUCUAUGAUCCCACAAAUCUAGGGAUCAGAAGUGCAACCCUUUGGAUCAACCUGUCUGUUGGUGUUCUCACCGUAAUUUCCCUUUGGCCAGUCGGCAUCGUCUUCAUGAACCUUAACAUCCUUUUACGCAGCGUGAAAAUUAUUCCCAAGUAUGCAAUGUACCAACUCACAUUUGUGCUGACCCAGCUGCAGACAUCAAUCAUCAACAUCCUGGCUGCAAACGGAUGCAUCGCCUGCUCCCCUCCUCUCUCCUCUCAGUACCGCGGAUUUAUGUUAAGUCAGAAGAUGCUGAUCAUGGAGAUGUUCAUCAUAAGCCUUUUCACCCGGUAUUUAUACCGUCGCUUGUACGAUCCAGUUGAAAUUGAGGAGCAAGAGAUUGUGCUGAACCACAAGGCAAUCGUGCAGGCUCCUCUGGAGGAGCAUGAUGUUUAAAGAAGACCAGGAAUGUCAACGCUUUCAACUAACAUAUUUUGGAACUGUAUAACUUAUGGAAUAUGUCAUAUUUACCCUUAGCAUCUUGUUAAAGAAUUGAGUGCAUAUUAUUUAUUGAGGUGUCAUUUUUAAAGAAUCAUUUUUGUAUUUUCAAAAUUUUUCUGCAUUGAUGUAAUUAAGAUUUUUUUGCACAUCAGUUGAACUGGUUGUCUUGAAAACUAAAAUACAAAAAAAAAAGAAAAAAGUGAACACUAUUCAACUGUUGGUCAUUUGGAGAAAAACAAAAGGUUGCUGUAGUUUAUUUUAACUUAUUAGAAACAAAGCAAUAUAUAAAAAAAGACAUUUGUCUGUCUAAUGUUAGUGACAGACUUUACGAUUAGAGAUUUUAAGUAGGCUCUGUUAGACAUAUGUUUAAGAUUGAAAUGGACUAAUUUAAUUUAAUAGAUUAUAAAAGACAAGACCAAAAUGACAAACAGUGAAAUAAGCUUUUUAUUUAGUUACUUUGAAGCUGUGAAUCAAGAACCAACCUCAGCAUCAUUAUAAAGCUAUAUAUUCUUACAAUGCAACACAGAUGAAAACUUCCAUAGUGUGCAACUGACUUACCGGUAUGUCCCUCUGAUUUAUUUUUAAAGUCUACAGCUUCAAUUAUAUCAGCUUUCUUUGCAGGGCAGCAUUUAAAGGCCUUUAAAUUAUAUGCAACAUUGGAAGUGCAUCAAAGCACCUAUGCCUUCUGCAUCUUACCAGAUGCAGAAGGGACAAAAUAAUCAUUUAUAAAGUUGAUUCAGUUUUGUAAUUCAAUUAAAAAGUAGGUUUCGUGUAGAAUCAUAACAGAGCAAUGCAUUCAGUUGUUUUUUUUUCUUUCUGUUUUUUGCUUCCUAGUUUUGUGGCAAAAGUAGUAGCCCAUGUUUUAAAUAUGUCUCUUUGUUGUGGCUUCCAAAGACCUGACUUAAGACAGUAUACAUCCUGUAUAUCUGGAUGUAACUCUUGUAUGCUAUCUUCUCAAUCAUUGCCUGUGCAGCUAUUUCUACCAUGUUAUUCCUUUCUUCUAAUUUUCUCUUAUUAUGCUUUGGUACAGCACUCAGCACGCUCCUGAAUACAACACUCCAGCUUCUAAAGCAAUGGCCUUUUAUGACUUGCUUUCUAUGAGAAUGAUGUAAUGGACUAUUAAGUCAGCAAUAUUCCCUCACACUAAAGGCCAUAAAGAAAUAUUUGCAUAUGAUAAAAUAAGUAUUUUUAUUGGUGUUAUGUAAUAUUUAUAUUUUCUGAGGAAGUGAAUUUUGGAUUUUCAUUAACAGCAAUCCAUGCUCUCCAAAAUUAAGAGAAAUGUUUGAAGCGAAUCAUUGUGUCUGUGAUGAGGAUAUAUUUAAUAUACCUAAUGCCUCAUAAA